AUGACCUCGACAUCUCAAUCUCAAUCUCAGCCAUCACAACUUGAUUCUCCUAGGCCAAUGACUCCCUCCAGUCCGCUCAUCGAGGCCACCACUGCCUUCGACCAACCCCAUCCGGUGAAACUCAACCGUCGGCAUAGAUUAUUGCAAGGCCUGCAGCGCAUGUCAUCCUCUCCAUCCUUGGUCAAGCUGGGCCGGACUCGUUCCAGCGAGAAGGUCUACAAGUCCAGCCAGAAGGCCUCGAUCUCAUGCGUCUCCCUCAACUCUCCUGCCUCUACCUAUUCCUUGUCCCCUCAUGUCUCCUACACCUUCUCCAAUGGCUUCUCAACCGCUCCUACAACCCCCGGUUCACCGGGCAGUCAGCAGUCUUACUUCGAGGCAAAUUCGAGAUUACGACCCUUAGACCCUAACGAUAUCACCAGCGUCCCCAUCCCUAUGGACGUUCGGUCCUCCAAACCUCUUUCCAGCCCUCUCCCCGAGAUCUCUGAGAAACCAUUCCCACGAAGACCCAAUUUCAACUUUUGGAAGGAUAUGCCUCAUGAAGUCCGCAUACAAAUUCUCUCCUUCCUCUCGCCAAAAGACAUCAUCAGAGUCUCCGCAGUCUCGACAGAGUGGCAUGAAAUGUGUUUUGAUGGUCAACUAUGGACAAGUCUUGACUGCCAGACAUAUUAUCAACAGAUUACCUCUGAUGCACUCAUCAAGAUCAUGCUCAAAGCCGGUGCAUUUGUCAAGAAUCUAAAUCUACGUGGCUGCGUGCAAUUGAGAGACCAAUGGCUGAGUUUGGGCACGAGAAUGACGAAUCAAGAGUGCAGGAAUCUCGAAAACUUUAGCAUUGAAGGUUGUAAGAUCGAAAGGUCAUCCAUCCACUUUUUCCUCCUGCGGAAUCCUAAGCUUCUUCAUAUCAACAUGCCCAGUAUGCAGAACAUCAACAACGCAACCAUGAAGAUCAUUGCCACUUACUGUCCCCAACUCGAGCUGUUGAACAUCGACUGGUGCUCGCAAAUCGAUUCAAGGGGUCUUAAGAGAGUCAUUCAAUCAUGUUCAAACCUGCGAGACCUUCGCGCUUCCGAAGUCAGAGGCCUAGACGAUAAUGAUUUUAUGCUAGAACUCUUCCAUCGAAAUACCUUGGAGAGACUGAUUCUUCAACACUGUGAUAGUUUAACCGAUAACGCUUUGCAGAUUUUAAUGCACGGUAUCGAGCCUGAAAGAGAUUUGCUCACAGAUCGACCUGUCGUUCCCCCCAGGAGAUUGAGGCAUCUCGAUAUUUCAAGAUGUCGAAGCCUCACAGAUAGAGGUCUUCAGGCCCUGGCCCAUAAUGUCCCAUAUCUGGAAGGUUUCCGUCUGUGCCAAAACACCGCUUUAACCGAUGAUGCGUUGGAAGAGCUACUGCAGACCACCGAUCGUUUGACUCACUUGGAAGUAGAGGAGCUUGAGAAUCUGACAAAUGCAACGCUGAUCACUCUCUCCAAAUCCAACGCGGCAAAGACUCUGGAGCACCUGAGCAUUUCGUACUGUGAGCAGAUGGGCGAUAUCGGAGUACUACCGCUUCUCAAAGCUUGUCCUGAGAUCCAAUCCCUUUAUCUGGAUAAUACUAGAAUCUCAGAUCUAGUCCUUAUGGAGGCGUCCGAACAAGUACGCAACCGUGGAAGCACGACGAAGAAGUCUCAAAUCCCUAGAAAGGGCCUGGAGCUCGUGGCUUUCGAUUGUGCGAAUGUUACCUGGGCAGGCGUGAGGGAAAUACUUCAAGGCAAUGGCCGGGUCAUGCAAGGACGUAAGAAAUCAGUCGUUCAGACCCAAAAUUUCGUCGGAGAAAAUGGUGAACGAGAAGAGUCCAGACGGGUCAUUGAAAUCCAGACAUUACUUUAUCCCACACAAGUCAUCCAUCUCAAAGCUUUCUAUGGCUGGCAACAGACCGUUGAGGAACACUACAAGAGAUGUACGACGGGUAGGUGGGGUGCAGCUGCCCGACUGGAGUCCAAAUGGGCAGAAUGGAUGGUGGCUAGCGAAGAAGUUGGUGGCCUUGGCCAUGGCUGGAGCUCCAGACGCAGACGGAGAAGAGCCAGGGAAGCUGAAACCAGGGUCAGAGACGACGAGGAUGGUAAUGUCCAGGAUACCGGCACUGGUGAUGACGAUGGUAGUGGUAUGGAAUUUGUGACCGGCAGAGUGCCUCGUGGAGGGCGCCGACGAGCUCGGAGCGGAGGUUGCAUGGUGAUGUAA